AUGGCCAAGAAUAAUCUCACUACAAUAGCUGAGUUUAUUCUCAUUGGUUUUACUGACUAUCCCAACUUGGAGAUUCUCCUCUUCCUUGUCUUUCUGAGUUUCUACCUAAUCACCCUUGUGGGGAAUGUGGGGCUGAUUAUCCUAAUCCAAGUGAAUAUCCACCUCCACACCCCCAUGUACUUCUUCCUGAGUCACCUCUCCCUGCUCGAUGCCUGUUACACCUCAGUCAUCACCCCUCAGAUCCUGGCCACACUGGUUACAGGAAAAAUGGCCAUCUCCUAUGGCCGCUGUGCUGCCCAGUUCUUUUUUUUCACCAUCUGUGCAGGCACAGAGUGUUUCAUGCUAGCAGUUAUGGCCUAUGACCGUUACGUUGCUAUUAGCAACCCACUACUUUAUACAGUGGCCAUGAAUCCCAGAAUCUGCUGGAGCUUGGUGGUAGGAUCCUAUGUCUGUGGGAUGUCAGGGGCCAUCCUGCGUACUGCAUGCACCUUUACCCUCUCCUUCUGCAGUGACAAUCAGAUCAACUUCUUCUUCUGUGACCUCCCACCCCUGCUGAAGCUUGCCUGCAGUGACACAACAAACACUGAAAUUGUCAUUGUCUUCUUUGGCAACUUUGUGAUUUUAGCCAACGCUUUGGUCAUUCUGAUUUCCUACUUGCUCAUCAUCAAGGCCAUUUUGAGAAUAAAGUCUUCAGGUGGCAGGGCCAAGACUUUCUCUACAUGUGCCUCCCACCUCACUGCUGUGGCCCUUUUCUUUGGCACUCUCAUCUUCAUGUAUCUACGAAGCGGCUCAGGCAAAUCCCUGGAGGAAGACAAGGUGGUGUCUGUCUUCUACACCGUGGUUAUACCCAUGCUGAACCCUUUGAUCUACAGCCUGAGAAACAAGGAUGUGAAAACUGCCUUCAAGAAGGUCACUGGUAGAUUUCAGGUGUCCCAGAGCAUGUAG